AUGCUCCAGGCUCCGUCGCGGGCCUCAUCUGCUUCGUCCUCUUCUUACCAACCCGUAACACGCCAGAACACCAUGUCUUCCCAAGAUGGCGGGAGGUCCGUCCGUCAGUCGAAACGGUAUUCGAUGACUACGCUCUACCUGUCCAUGUCUGCGAAUGAGAAGGAUUUGGAGAUUGAAGAUGACUUGGCAAAAGCCCAGAAGAUCCUCCGCGACCUCAAAUCGAAGAUUUCAUCACAAUCCAAGAAGAAUUUCGUGUUGGAGAAGGAUGUCCGGUAUCUCGAUUCUCGAAUCGCAUUGUUGAUUCAAAAUCGCAUGGCUUUGGAAGAGACUGACCGUAUCCAGCAAAAUGAGGUUGCCAGUCAUCUCGAAGACGCUGCGGAUCUGCAAGAGGGCUUCUUCCCGAAUGACGAGAAGACACAGAAAUACGGAAACCUCCUGUUCCUCUUACAGUCCGAGCCGCGACACAUUGCACACCUCUGUCGCUUGGUUACCAUGGCCGAGAUCGACUCCCUCCUCCAAACUGUGAUGUUCACCAUCUACGGAAACCAGUACGAGAGUCGCGAAGAACAUCUGUUAUUGACCAUGUUCCAGUCUGUAUUAACAUAUCAAUUCGACAAUACCCCGGAAUAUUCCUCCCUGCUCCGAGCCAACACACCUGUAUCCCGCAUGAUGACCACAUAUACGCGACGAGGGCCCGGGCAGAGCUACCUGAAGACCGUGCUGGCCGACCGGAUCAACGGCCUUAUCGAGCUCAAGGACCUGGACCUGGAGAUCAAUCCCCUCAAAGUCUACGAGCGCAUGAUCGAACAGAUCGAAGAGGACACGGGGAGCCUGCCGGCGUCCCUGCCCCGCGGUGUGACGGCGGAGCAGGCAGCCGAGAAUGCACGGGUCCAGGCGAUCAUCGAGCCCAGGUUGACCAUGCUGAUGGAAAUCGCCAACGGGUUCUUGAGGACCAUCAUUGACGGGCUGGAGGAGACUCCAUACGGGAUAAGGUGGAUAUGCAAGCAGAUUCGAAGCCUGACGAAGCGGAAGUACCCAGAUGCCAACGAUCAGGUCAUCUGUACUCUCAUCGGUGGAUUCUUCUUCCUCCGAUUCAUCAAUCCCGCCAUCGUCACGCCCAAGUCGUAUAUGCUUAUCGACGGCACGCCAGCCGAACGGCCACGGCGCACGCUGACUCUCAUUGCCAAGAUGCUCCAGAAUUUGGCCAACAAACCCUCAUAUGCGAAGGAACCGUACAUGGCCAAACUCCAGCCGUUCAUCCAUUACCACAAGGAGCGCGUGAACAAGUUCAUGCUCGAUCUGUGCGAGGUCCAGGAUUUCUACGAGAGUCUGGAGAUGGACAACUACGUCGCCCUCUCGAAGAAGGAUCUGGAGCUCUCCAUCACUCUGAACGAGGUUUACGCGACCCAUGCCCUCUUGGAGAAGCACAGGGUCGAGUUGAACAGAGAUGAUAACUCUCACCUGUCCGUCCUGUUGGGCGAUCUGGGGCCUGCCCCCGCUCAACUGCCCAGGAAGGAGAACAGGGCCAUCAACCUCCCGCUGUUCAGCAAGUGGGAGACGGCCAUCGACGACUUGACGGCCGCGCUUGAUAUCACGCAGGAAGAAGUCUACUUCAUGGAGGCCAAAUCCACAUUUGUGCAGAUCAUGCGCUCCAUACCGACCAACAGUGCCGUCGCGAGAAGGCCCCUCCGCCUCGAGCGUGUCGCCGACGCCGCUGCGACUUCCCGGAACGACGCCGUGAUGGUGCGGAAAGGCAUCCGGGCGAUGGAACUCCUCAGCCAAUUGCAGGAGCUGCAGGUGAUCGACAAGUCUGAUCACUUUGGCCUGCUCCGCGACGAAGUCGAGCAAGAGCUCCAGCAUCUCGGCUCGCUCAAGGACGGGGUCAUCCUCGAGACCCAGAAACUCGAGCAGGUCUUCAAGACCAUCCGGGAUCACAACACCUACCUGGUCGGACAACUGGAAACCUACAAGAACUAUCUGCACAACGUGCGGAGCCAGAGCGAGGGCACCAAGCGGAAGCAACAGAAGCAUCAGGUCCUCGGGCCGUACAAGUUCACCCACCAAGCCCUGGAGAAGGAGGGCGUCAUUCAGAAGAGCAACGUCCCCGACAACCGGAGGGCCAACAUCUACUUCAACUUUACGAGUCCCCUCCCCGGGACCUUCGUCAUCUCGCUUCACUACAAAGGCAAAUUCCCCAUGGACUUCGGGCCACCUCAUCUCAUGCUAAUAACAGAUACAGGUCGCAAUCGAGGACUGCUAGAGCUUGAUCUCAAGCUCGAUGACCUCCUUGAAAUGCAAAAGGAUGGCCAAGAGGACCUGGAUCUCGAAUACGUCCAGUUCAACGUCCCCAAGGUUCUGACCCUCCUCAACAAGCGGUUCGCCCGGAAGAAAGGAUGGUAG